AUGACUGCAGAGGCCCAUAACAAGGGUUAUGUGUGGGCACAGAAUUCAGAGAUAAGUGUGACCGGGACUGUGUCAUGGAAGGAGCUGUCUCAGGGGUCCUCUCCACCGCGUGUCGCUGGGGCCCUGCGGUUGCUAGGCUGCACGCUAGUGCUCGCAGCACUCGCAGGUCUGGUGCUGGCUGUAGUGGUGGAGGUGGCUGUACAGAUGGCUGCAGAGCCCCGACGCUCUUGGGCUCAGGUGCGCAGUAUGCAUGGUGCCAGCGAGGCGCUGAGACAAGGCGCUGGCCGCCGGCGAGACCCAGGGUCCCAGCCCAAUGGGCCAGUCUCCGAAGUCGUUCGCGUCCCAGGUCGCCUGGCUCGUUUGCGGGGUCAGCUCCGAGCCCAAGCUGCGACCCGGGCCGAGGCACCGCGACUGCUCCGGCUGGUGGAACGCGCUGGAGCCGGAGCUGGGGGGACUGGAGCCGGAGUGGGGGAGAACAGCGAGAGAAUCGAAGCGCGCAGCGGCAGCUCGGUGUGUUCGGUGUGUGGGGAGCCACGCGGCGGGGCCACCUACCCAGCCGGCGUCCUUGAAGUGAGCGAGCGGAGGCUGCAGGAGGGCCUGGCUGCAGUGCGGGCCGAGCUGGGCGCGGGGCUGGAGGAGCUGCGCGCUGAGCUUCGCGCGGAGCUGGACGCCCUCCGAGCGCUGCUGCCGCCGCCACAGUCACCGCCACCCGCCCGCCGUGAGCACCGUGCUGUCCUGCGGGCAGGAUCCCGAGCCCCAGCCCUGCUGCGGGCGCUAGGCACUGUGAACGCCUUGGUCACUGCUUCCAGGCCAACCAACGACUUCCCAGAUGGCCCUGCGGAAGACGGCGCGAACCGAAUCCCUGCCCGAAAGAAUCACAAGAAAACUCCCAUGUCGCCAGCAGCCCCUCAAGGUGGCGGAGAUUGAGGGCGUCCGCACUGAGGGCGGCCCAGGGCGAAGUGCAGGAGUUGUCGCUGCUAACCAAAGGGGGUCAGUGUAGAGAUCUGAUCUCCUGAGCUAGAAGAGUCCGUAAGCAACCAAUAAUCGCCAACUAGUGAGGUGAUUUCGAGGGUGGCUGGCGGAGGGUGGGAACUGCCCAGGAUCAGAGUCUGCAGAGUACAGAGUACAAAUGGCUCCAAGUUGCGGGGACAGUCUGGACUGGAAAGGGCAGGUAGAACCCCCUUUGGACU